AGAUUACGUUGUUCAUUCGCCACUCCUUCGUUGCUCUCUGCCGCGUUGGCUAGGGUUUCGCAGUCUCUCUCUCAGCUCUCUUCUUCCCUCACUCUCUUCCCUCUCCCUCUCUAUCUCUCAGCUGAUAAUAAAACCCUGAUCGGCAGCUGCUGUUACCAUUGGCAUGGCUUUGAAUAAGCUUUAGGGUUUACUGGUUGUUGUUCUCAGUUGGAAGGCCGUCGAAUCUCGAGCUCCGCAGAGGGACCAGAGGCAGAGCGCCUUGAAAUGGCCACCAUGAACCCUUUUGAUAUCCUGGGCGACGCCGACAACGAGGACCCGAGCCAGCUCGUCGCUGCCGUGAGCAUCGAGAAGUCCAAGAAGGCCCCGGUCCCCGCUGCCGCCGCCCCCACCCAGCAGGGCAAGCCGGCCGCCAAGCUUCCCUCGAAGCCCCUCCCUCCUGCUCAAGCCGUGCGAGAAGGAAGGAGUGAAACUGGGCGUGGCCGUGGCAGAGGAGGAGGUGGACGUGGAUUUGGCCAGGGACGUGGAGGUGGACGCCGGUAUGACCAAGACUCGGGCACCAAUGAGGGAAGUUUCGGUGGCAGCGAUGGAUUCUCUGGAGGUUAUGGCAGACCAUCUGAGGAGGGUGAAUCUGGAAGGUCAUUUGAAAGACGUGGUGGUGGGGGCCCUCGAGGUCGUGGAGGCCGUCGUGGUGGUUUCAGCAAUGGAGAAGUUGGAGAAGGGGAGCGUCCUCGAAGGGUAUAUGAUCGCCGCAGCGGCACCGGAAGAGGGACUGAGCUCAAACGCGAGGGAUCUGGUCGCGGGAACUGGGGAACUCCCUCUGAUGAAAUUGCUCCAGAGGCUGAGGAAGCUGCUGUUGAAGUUGAGAAAACUGUGAAGCAGUCAGGUGAAGAAGAGGGAGCAGAUGCCAACAAGGAGAAUGCUGUGAAAGAAGCAGAGGAGCCUGAGCCUGAGCCUGAAGAGAAGGAAAUGACUUUGGAAGAGUACGAGAAAGUACUUGAGGAGAAAAGGAAGGCUUUACUUGCAGAGAAGACUGAAGCGAGGAAAGUGGAGUUGGACAAGGAACUGAAGUCCAUGCAACAACUUGCAAACAAGAAGAAGAGCAACGAUGAUGUCUUCAUCAAGCUGGGGUCUGAGAAGGACAAGCGCAAGGAGGCUGCUGAGAAAGAAGAAAAGGCAAAGAAGUCGGUUAGCAUAAAUGAGUUCCUGAAGCCCGCUGAGGGCGAGAAAUACUACAACCCUGGGGGCCGCGGUCGUGGGCGUGGCCGAGGACCGAGGGUUGGCGGCUUUGGCGGUGGCUACACGAGCAGCGCUGCAGCGCCCUCAAUCGAAGAUCCUGGGCAGUUCCCCACUCUCGGUGGCAAGUGAAAGAGAGAGAGAGGAAGCCUACUACUGCAUCAUCAGUGUCCUGAGUAUUUUACUUGUUGCGUGAGGGUCCUGUAAUAGAAACCUUCCUUGGUGGUAUUGUCCUGUUCCUCUUUCUUUUUUGAGUAUUAAUUUUAGAUAAUUCCCUCUUUUGGGGGGUUUUACUUGCUUCCUUCCCGCACCGCAUCAGUUUUGAUUGAUAUUAGAUCCACGAAUAUGCCCCCUCAGCCAGUUUAUUUAAAGUUUGCUCAGGUCAUUCUCAAAUUUUUGCUGAA